AGGCUUUGCUGUCCAUAAAAAAUGGUGGAUAUCCAUCUGUUGAUGAAAUUAAGACAGAAAUAAUGGACGACGAUAUGAUGGAUAUGGAUGAGCAGCAUAAUUCAAAUCACUCGAUGGAUCAGCAAAUGGACACGGAGGAAUCGGAGCCGAUACCGGAACUGGGACCUGCGGCUCUAGGUCUGCAAAGGGUAGGCACUCAACCGCCCUCGAAACCGAAUCCCCCGACGCAGCCUGUACAGGUGUUGAAUCGCAGAGGCAUGCCAGCUAGAAUCAGGAAAAAGAAUAAGUUAUUUUAUGACGACGUCUUAAUCAAUCAUCCACACCAUAGAAUCAAGAAGGACCCUUCGGCAAUAGAUGUGAAACAAUCUCCCAAAAAGAUGAUGCGACC